AGGGGUGAGGCGGUGAGACGAUGCAGCAGAGAGAAACCUGCUCUCAGUCAGGACAGAAGGAUAAGAACCAUGUCAGCCUCCUGGAAGCAGCUCUCCUCUCAGAUCCUCCUGCUUCUCAUCUCCUGCAGACACAUCAAUACAAAGACAUCGAGUCCAACACAACCACCCCUGGCUCCCAUCACUCCUCUGAAGACAGAUGUAAGAAGCAUCGUCCUUAAAGGUGAAAGUCAUACUGAGAAAAUGGAACUGGUGAAUCCUGUCAAUCUGACGCUGGAGUGCACCUGGACUGGCAAUCAGAACAAACUACCAAACAUAACCGGCUACUGGAGAAAAGACGGCGAGGAAAUCCAGAACAGUCGGCUCUCAGUGCAGUUCCACAAUGGACAGUAUAAUAUCCAACAAGUGUUCAGCAUUGUGAGUGAAGAAAACCUGGGGAAUUACUCUUGUGUGUUUGGAAAUGAAGCAAAAAUUUCAUUCAUUUUGGAAGCGCCACAGAUUGGUGAGGAACGUGACAAACCGAUCAUCAGCUACGUGGGAGAUUCUGCGGUGAUCACAUGUAAAAUGGACGACGCCAAGCCAAUGCCCAACACCUGGAACUGGUACAGAUACAACGGGACGGAAAAGGAACAGAUCUUUGUCGCUGCAGAGCCUCACCACUAUGAAAUCAUUAACAAAGAGCGAAAGACCAGGUUGGUGGUGCACAACCUGACGGAGGCCGACUCCGGCUUGUAUUACUGCGGUGCCGUGUAUGCCAUUGGCACCACGAUGAGCCACGUGGAGCUGAAGGUCAUCACCUUCAUGGAGCCCCUGAAGCCGUUCAUAACCAUCGUGGUGGAAGUUGUUGUCCUGGUCGCUGCCAUUCUGCUCUACGAGAGGAGUCAGUCCAAGAAAAAGGCUACGGCAGGAGAUGGGACCACUGCCGACCAAAAGAACAUGUUGCCACAGGGAGAUGAUAAUGCAACAGAGGGAAGUUCUUCAAUGAGACAACGCAAAGUUUAAAGACCGCAAAGGCUGAAAUCCAGCAGGUUAAAGCUUCUUUAAAAUGCUUAUUUUCAAAUGUGAAUGAUAGUUUUAAAGCAAUAUUUAUUCACUUAUUUUGGGAAUAUAUCGUCUAUUGUAAUCCAAAUAUUUUCACCAGGCAAAAUGCAGAAACCACCACUUAAGCAAUAUUUCUUUAUGUUUCAUGUAGUCUUUCUGUUAGUCUUCCUUUCACCGGAAAACUGGGUUUUUAUUUUUCACUGUCAGUUUCACAUCCUGCACUUCCUCACUUCCUGUGGAGAAACCGAGAUCACAUGUUCGACUUCAAACAUCACUUUGUCUGUGUCACUUCUGUCGAAACCGACGUGUGCUUGUCUUCUUUUUGGCAACAUCUCAAACCUCAAGUCGUCUUUCCCGCUGUUGUUUUCUGCAUUGUGGCUCCUGAGCAGUGCCUUACACUCUCAAAAAGCAAUUAACAAGCCAUUCACUGUGCUUGAACUGACUUUUUGUCACUUUUUCGAGUUUGUCCUUACAACAAUGUGUGUCUGUGUACGACCUGAAUGGCAUGUGUUCAACAUAUAUCCUCAUAUAUGCAGAUGUUUGUGCAUAGCUUUUGUGUUAAUGAAGUCGGAGGGUCAUAUGUUCCUCUAAAUGUGGCUUCAAUCUACACUGUGUAUGCAAACAAGCAGAUUAAAAUUACACAUAUUAAUUCAUUA